AGCCUCGGGUGCUAGUUCGCUACCCAACUAGCAAAACAAACACAUUUUGUGUAUUCUUUCUUACCUUUUUUGUGUUAAUUUGUAAAGAGGAUGAAACAUAUGAUAUAGUUUUUACACAAAGUCCUGUUUUUUAUUGGGUCUGACUUGGCAUUGACAGAAACCUAACGUUAACUGCUUUUCUUGUGUACGUUAACGCAAUGCUGGAUAAGUAGGCAGCGAUGGACCAACGCAGACCCCACAAUCCCAGCUCCAGUUACCAAAUACGGCAGUCAGCAUACAAAAGAAGAGAUGACAGUGGAAGACAUCACUGUGAGAAUAAACACUUGAGACCAAACCACCACUAUCAGUCUGGGCCAACUCCUGGGCCAAACCCGCUCAGCUCUCGGGGUUUGAGCACCAGACGGGAGCUAUAUGAAAGAGACUUUCCUGUGUACAAACAGCCAGUCGAAGUGGGCUGUUUUUCCCUCGAUGCUGAGCGUAGAUUCUUCAAUGACAGCAGGCAGAUGAGAUACUACGUGGAACCUGACAGAAAUCCUAAUUUUGACCUGAGGGAUGGAUACAAGGACCGCUAUAUAAAAAGAGACGAGAGUGUGAAGGAGAAGCUGGACCACAUCCUACGCUGGAUCUUGGCCAAUAGAUCGAAGCUCAGCUCGAGGGUGACCACGGCCUCAUCAAGUGCUUUAGAUGUCGACUUUGUGACUUGGCGUGGUCAUCUGACCAAGCUGCUGACCACUCCCUAUGAGACACGGGAGGGCUGGUUGCUAGCGGUCACCAGAUUUAAGGGCACUCUUUACAUCAGUGAAGUGGAAACAGAAGCUGCGCGUAAGGAGCAAGAGAACCGCACCGGGAGGCAUGAAGAGAUGAUGUACUGGGGAUACAAGUUCGAGCAAUACACCUGUGCAGAUAACGUCCACAGUUUAGCCGACCCAGGCGGUGUGGUUAACACUAAUGAGGCCUUCUGCACUGUGGUGCAAACUCGGCUUGAAGAUCACAGACUUUUAUUCUCCGGUGAGGUGGACUGCCGGGAUAAAGAUCCCAAUGCUCCAGCUCCUCCUGCAUGCUACGUCGAGCUCAAGACCUCUGCAGAGAUCUGCACCCCCAAACAGCGCAGCAACUUACACAGGUUCAAACUGCUGAAAUGGUGGGCCCAGUCUUUUCUUCCCGGAGUCCCCCGUGUUGUGGCGGGUUUUCGGGAUCAUGAAGGAGUGGUUGUCGCUGUGGAGACUUUCCCCAUCUCUAAGAUUUCACAUCUCAUCAAGAAUGAACACAACUGCUGGAAGCCGACAGUCUGUAUGAACUUCUGCUGUGACUUCCUGUCUUUUGUGAAGAGUGUAGCCACUGAAGACAAUCCAAGUGUGGUGUACUUGUUCUCCUUUGAGCCCCACAGAGAUGUGACCUACUCCAUACACAAGGACUCCCAGUAUUCCUUCCUGCCACACUGGUAUGUGGAGGAGAUGUCCAGGCAGUAGUCCCGAUUUACAACCAAGACAACCAACUGGGACAGUUCAUUCAGACCUCCAAUGGAGUUUAUUCCAUUGCAGUUUAAAGUGUAUAGUUUUACUUCUUUUGUUCAUUUCUUAUUUGCUAAGCAGUAAGAACUGAAGCAUUUUUUUCCCCCCAUCUUGCAUGUGGUGAUUUAAAAAACUUACUGAUAUGAAUAUGGUUUGUCAAACUUUAUUAUUCCAUUGUUAUUCCAAUAAAUGGAACCACAAACAGUGCUAUGUCAAAUGAAAUUAAAUUAGAAAAGACUUUAUAUGUUAAAACAAAGUUGUGUAAUUGAAUGAAGAUGACUUCAAGUAUUGUAUAAGCAGUAUGUUCAUGUAAACUGUUAAAACAAAACAUUUCAGCAAUGUGAUGUCCUGUCAUUGGGAGCAAAUAAAAAGUCAAGGCAGUUAUGAAGAAGAUAUUAAUACCCAUGGUGUAGCAUACUGUUGUCCAAAUGUGUCACUGCUUUGCCAUUGUUUUAUAACUAACAGCAACAUAUUCACCAGCUUUGGUCUCCUAAACUAUUAAAGAUUUGGUUCUCCAGUC